CCGAGGCCGCGCACGAUGGGUAAGAAGCGCCGCGCGGGGGGAGGCUGUUCCAAGAUGGCGGCGGGCUGCUGCGGGGUGAAGAAGCAGAAACUGUCCAGCUCGCCCCCGUCCGGCUCGGCCGCCGCCUCUUCAUCCUCUUCUUCGUCUUGCACGGCCGGCCCGCACCCCCCGUGCGGCGGUGGCGGCGGGGGCAGCGGCGAGGGCCAGGGCCGGGCCAGGGAGCUCGGGCUGGGGGGCGCAGGCGCCCGGCUCAACGGGCUCGCAAGCGGCGGCGGCGGCAGCGUGGGGGGGAUUCCCUUGUCGGCGCCCUCGGGCUGCGGCGGGGGGAGCCUACUCCCCGCCGCCGCCGCCCCCCCCGCGGCUGUCCCGCCGCUGCAACCGCCGCCACCGCCGCCACCUCAGCCUCAGCCACCUCAGCCGCAGCCGCUGGCGGCCCCCGCUCCCGGCGGCGGCGCCCGGAAGAUGGUCGUGUCGCCGGAGAUGUGCUGCUUCUGCUUCGACGUGCUCUACUGUCACCUGAACGGCUACCAGCAGCCCCGGGCCCCCCGCUUCACCAACGAACCCUACCCGCUGUUUGUUACAUGGAAGAUUGGCCGAGAUAAACGAUUACGUGGAUGCAUAGGUACUUUUUCUGCCAUGAACCUGCAUUCAGGACUCAGGGAGUACACACUUACCAGUGCCCUUAAAGAUAGCCGUUUCCCCCCAAUGACAAGGGAGGAGCUGCCCCGGCUAACCUGCUCAGUGUCUCUGCUCACUAACUUUGAAGAUGUCUGUGAUUAUUUGGACUGGGAGGUGGGCAUACACGGCAUUAGAAUAGAGUUCAUCAAUGAAAAAGGAUCCAAGCGCACCGCCACCUACCUGCCAGAGGUCGCAAAGGAGCAAGGAUGGGACCACAUUCAGACCAUAGAUUCCUUACUGAGAAAAGGGGGCUACAAAGCUACAAUUACAAAUGACUUCAGGAAAAGCAUCAAACUGACCAGGUACCGUAGUGAGAAGAUGACCAUGAGCUACUCUGAGUAUGUUGCCCACCGUCAGCAUCAUCACUUCCAGAAUGGCAUCGGGCACCCUCUGCCACCUUAUAACCAUUACUCCUGACACUGAGCCACAUGACCAGUCCCUGGACCUCUCUGCAGACCUCUUUCCAGGAGACCCCCCCCCUUCUUGGUCUAGUUAUCUCUAUUACUGUACCAUUUUAUGAUGGUAGUUUCCGUUGCCAUAGUGAGACGUCUCCUUAAUUGGACACAUUCAUUAUGGCAGCGGGUGGGCAAAAUGCAUUUCUUAAACUCAUCCCCAAAUUAUUUUUAUUCUUUUAGGUCAUGGACUUUUUUUGCAGCAUAUAUAAUCUUUUUCUCUUUUUCUAUAAUAUUAUAGCAACUUUUACUUCAUUAUAUCAAAGCUUGUUUUUGUUUUUUACUGUGGAUGGAAGGAAGCAUUUAAAGUUUUUUAAGUCUUUUACAUGUAUAUGUAAGCGUAUGGGUGUGUGACACACGCACGCACGCACGCAAGCACGCACACUUAGAGUGCUUGAAUUUGUUUGGCUAUGGAACAAUGCAUAUCAGAUUCAGGUAUUUACCUUUUCCCCUGAAUUCUCUCUUCAGGGUUGACUUUCUUAGAAAGACUCAGUCUAUAGAAGUCUCCCCCUCCCCCCAGAGUAAUAUUUUUCAUAUAGUUAAAAUGUAUAUGAACUGAUUCACAGUGCUUGUCUCUGAAACAGAGACGGCCCUGCUAAGGUUUGUCACAGAAAAUGAGAAAUCUUUUAUGCCUGUGUGCAAGUUAAGAGAUAGGAAAAAUGUCCUAAUGAUGUUGCAGAGUCAAUUGACAAACAAAAGCUUCAUCUGUAAAUAAGAAAAAAACUACCUUUCAAAUAUGUUAUAGGAAUCACUUUGAAGAGCAUUGACUAUUAGGAAGAGAGCAGAUGUAGAUUUUAGUGCCUUUGACUGGGAAAGUGGAAUUAUGGGUUGGGCAGAGUAGAAAAAGGCGAUUUAGAGAAACAACUCGUAGCACUCACUAGAUGGUUUCUCUAUUUGACAACGUACUAGACAAUGUCCUUACUUUGAGGUUUUUUUGAGGCUCUGAGGUCCCUUUUGGCAAUGGUUUGUUUUGAAGCAGGCAGCCAAAAAGAGACCCUUUUGGGAUAUAUUUUCACUUCAGUGUGUUAGCUUCAAGUUACAUUAACUCAUGAUUGGGCAACAGAAAUUGGACCGCUGAAAUCAGUGGUUGUGAUUAUCGAGUUAGAGCAUAGGGUUAGUUAGGCCAUGGCUUCAGCUAUUUCUGUCUGUUCCAGAGACGGGGCUGGGGUUGUAGAAUCACUAGGAAAUAGUAUCACUUGCUGCACUACGCACUCGCAAGAGAAGCGUUAUUACUGUGUUGAUAAGAUUUUAAUUUUUAAAGCUGUAGUAACAGAAAUGGGAUUCAGUGAAGGCACAUGUAGAAGGACCCCCCCCCCCCAGUAAUGGGGGAGGCCAGUCUUCCCUUAAUGUACAUAAAGAAAAUCUCUUUAUGCCUUUGGGAGGUAGGCACUUUGCCAGGAAAGUGACAAACCCUAGGGGAAAGGAAAAAACGUUUUUUCUUCAUUUAGAAUGAGUGGAGAUGAAUGUUUUUCAAGCAAGAAACCGGUCUAUAAAUUGUUAAUAUAGGUAUAAAACAAAAUAUAUAUUCUAAAGAGAUAAGAGAUGAAAUGAAAUAUCCAAUCGUUAUAAGCCAUCCAUUUGUUGUAAGUGGUGGCACACUGCUAGCCCAGAAUGGGAAUGGUGUCUCUAUUUUCUAUGAUGAUUGGCUUGACUAUUGCUGCUCUCACCACCGUGGCCACACACCUCUGGUAGCUAUGGGGCUUGCACCACGGUGGUCCUCAGAAGGUUAUCGGUUUUCCUUCGUCCACAGCAUCCAUUGUCUAGAUAGUAAUUUCAGUUAUGAUGCCUUAAUUCAGAAGCCAGCUGGGGGCCAGAAAGGUGCCCUCAGUCGCCAAGUCUAUAUAUUAAGCUUAGAGAUUUGCCAGGCAAGCAUUAGCUAUUGGGUUUUAGCAGCAACGUUGGUAGCAUCCUCGUCAUGUUUCUACCUGGAAGCAUUUCAGAACAGCAUUGCCUUUCAGUGGAAACUUUUUUUAUGCCCUUAUAGGGAAACUGAGCACAAGCUGAAUGAUGAUGUCUGCUGCAAAAAAAAAAAGAAAGAAAGAAAAAAACACAAAAAGAAAAAAAACGAAAAAGAAAAAAAUGAAAAAGAAAAAAAGACCAAUAUUGUUGUGAAACCCAUGUUGUCCAUCAUCUCAGUACAGCCUGCUCCUCCUCCUUUUGGGAUGAGCUAGAAGUUUUUUAAACAAAGAUCUAUUCUAUGUGUGUGUAUUUAAGGUGCUAAUCAACCUGGAACAGGUCACGUGACUGGUCAUGCGGACUCUAAAAUCAUAGCCGAUUUUUAAAAAUCCUUCAUAUAUGCAGAUGCUAUACCGAAUUUCUUACCAGUGUAAUAAUAAUAUACUGAUGAUGUAACCAUCCUGCCGGCUUCAAAGGACGAGGUCAGCAAUACUCCGUGGCCUGGAGAAAAAGGAAAAUUCCUCUCCUUUUAGAUAGAGCAUAAAUGCACAAUUCGUUUUUGUCUCUUAGUAGCAUUUGGCUUCAAGACUCUGGCAGAAAGGUCUUCAUCCAGACCGUAUGGUGUACUUUUACCAAAUCGACGCUGGGCCCAGUUCACCUUUCUCGACAUACGAUGAACUUUGUCAUUCGAAUUAACUUUGGACACAUAGAAAUGUAGCAUGUAUUUUCAGACUCAGAGGCUUUGACUCGCUGAGUUGCGUUCAAACGAGUGGUAGGUAGGCUUAUUCGUUUGGAAACACAAACUUGUAUUGCACUUGUGAUUGCCCAGACAUGGGAUCAUUUUAAUUCUCUUUAAGCAGCCCAGAAAUAAUACUUGAACUCCAUGUAAGUAGCACAAGUUUACACGGCCCCUUUUAAAUGUAAAUUAGAUUAGUGUCGUUUUUACUUAUAGAAAUGUAACUGUGUAGAGUUUUUCCCCUUGGAAAAGAAAAAAUUUUACUUGGAUCUUUCUCAAAAGGCUUCCAUUUCGGGAAGGGUUUCCUUGUUCUUCAAUCAGACUGACCAGGUCUCAGUCUUUAACUGAAAAGCUCUUUUCUAGUCCUCUUCCAAGUGGCCUUCUGACUGCACCAGCGUGUGCUGCUCCCUCUCCCUGCCUCCCCCCCCCCCCCAUGAGGCCAACUGCAGCUUGGAGGGGGCCCCCUCAAGUCUUCCUCUCCCAAACCUCCCCUCCCAAAGCACUCAUGAUUGUCCCAGAAACACAUCCAGCCUCCUUUCCCAGAACACCAGAAGUUUGUUACAUUAGUCUAUUUCCUUGUCGUCAAAUAUGCAGGCUUUUGAAGCUGUCAUCCAGAAUAGGUUACAUCUCUUGUGUGUUAGAUCAAACCAAAGACACCUCCAGCCAUGUCCAAAUGCUGCUCCCACAGCCCGCCUUCCAGUCCUUACAAAAACCUUGCAGGAUUCAGUGUGUUAACUUUUUUAUUUUUGUACAGUUUCUAACUGAUUUUUUCUAGUGAUGUUAAUUGAAUUGUUUAUUUGAGGAGCGUGAACGCAUCCUCCAAUUAAAUAAACUGGUGACUUUCCUUUCACUAAAAAAAAAAAAGAAACCUAUUGUGUGCCUCUCAGAUUUAAGGGUUUCUGAUUACAUUCUUCUCAAGACCAGCAAUGAUUCUUUCUAUACAAAGAUGUGUUUUCCAUGUUUUUUAUCGCUAUUUCAAAAGAGGAAAAAAAACUCUUUCUUUGCUCUGGACCCGCUACACCGCGCUGGUACAUGAACGCACUGAGAAAAUGCUUUUGUAACAACUUAUGACUGUUUUUGUAUAUCAAAGCUGAUUCUUUUUGAAAUAUUUGGAUCUAGUUUCUAUCUAAGUUAUUUUUGUGUUUUGUAUGUUAGAAGAAAAAACCAUUUCUUUGACUCGGUCACCAGCAUAAUGAAUUCUCGGUAAUGCAACGGUGAGAUUUUCGAAGCAAGGGCUGCCUGGAGUAGCCUCUGCUUUCCUUUCUUAGGAACUUGAUAUGAAUGAUAUUAUUAUUACAAUAAUUAAUCCCCCUUCCAUUUUAACUAGAUCCUCCUUCCUUCCACAUUUAAUUGCUAUUAGUGUGAAGAAACUGUUGAAAUGGGCAUGUUAACAUAAGUAUGGCUUUUUAAAGGUUAAAAUGUGCAAAAAGACAAAAAAUAUAGGUUAUCUGUGGGUCUGUGAGAUGGCUGUGGAAAGAUAUUGUAGUAGUUUUAACACUAUUGUUAUUACCUUUUAAAUCAUUUACCCAAUAAAAAUAUAAAAAGUGA